AUGUCGGCUAUUGCAUCCAUAUCUUCUCAAAUCAUCGUUCCGAUCCACCGGGAUACACGUAGAAGGAAGCGUAGAGCAAAGGCGCUUGCGCGCUGGGCGAAAAUCGCGGUGAUGCGAGUGAUGUACGUUGCCUUCGUCAAAGACGCAGAAGACGUCAAGCUGGCCUUGAAGUUGGCAAAGGCAGAAAAGCUCGCGAUUGCUAUCAAGGGAGGUGAGCACCAUUCUGCUGGUGCAUCAUCUUCGGAAGGUGACCUAGGCAUCGAUCUCUCAAGAUAUCUUGCUGGCGUCACUAUUGAUCCAGCCAAAAAGCUUGGUUAUGUUGGAGGAGGGGCGAUUUAG